AUGGUGUUGCUCCUCAACGUUGAUUCCCUUGUGGGCGCGGCGACCUUGAUCGAUAACGUCGAUGCUCAUGUCGAGACGGCGACCUUGAUCGGUUGCGCCGACGCUCAUGUCGAGACGGCGACCUUGAUCGGUUGCGCCGAUACUCAUAUCGAGAUGGCGACCUUGAUCGGUUACGCCGAUGCUCAUAUCGAGAUGGAGAGCGGUGGUAUCGAGACUCUGUAG